AUGUCUGAUUCAUUAAUAAAUAUUGAUACAUCUGAACUGCUCAUUACAACAUUUCUCUAUAUUCUAGUUGUAUUCAUUAUUAUUCUACCACCUAGUGAACUUAUAACAGCUGGAUUUUCUAUUCAAAAUAUAUUUUCAUAUUUUCUUGUUGAAAAUGAAGAAAUAACAUUUAUACGAUAUCAUAUAAAACGUAUUUCAGCGAAAUGUUUUAUUCAUAGUUUACUUCCAUUGGGUUAUAUAUUUCUAUUAUUAUAUCAUUGCAAUUGGUCUUAUGGAAUAGUUAGUGCUUGUUAUAGUCUUUUUACUGAUACUCCUAUUAUUCUUCGAUUUAUUAUAUAUAUUUGUUUGCUUAUCCCAAUUGUAACAUCAUUAAUUAUUUUACAAUGGCAUUUAAAUGAUUGUUAUCGACAUCCAAUUGUUCGACAAUUACGUUUAUUUAUUCAACCAAAUAAUCAACAACAAGAACAAACAUGGCAUACAGUUGAAUCAUCGAUAAAUACUGAAUUUCGACGAUAUGAUAAAUUUUCAUGUGGUUCAGCAACAUCAAAUGUUCGUUGUUAUGUACUUGAUUCAUGGAUAUUAAAAUGUUCGAUGUAUCAUGUUAAUAUAGCACAACAAUCAACUGUACGUGUAGAAUUAGAUGAUGCUCAUGAUAUACAUUUACAAGAAACAAAUGAAGAAGUAACAUUAUCUACACAAUAUCUUAAUAUAUUAAUUAAAAGUAAUGAUCCAAGAAUAAAAACAUUUUAUAUCAGAUUGAAAGCUACUGAAUACGAUGAUUUGCAAGGCAAACUUGAAGCAAAUAUUGAAAAUGUAAAAAAUAUUGUCGUUCGUCAAUCUCUGAGUGAUCUGUUUUUGGAUGAUUUUCGUCGACUUAUUGUACAAAAUCCUAAAUAUCGAUUACCAUUAAAUCAACAGGAUUUGGAUACAUGUAUUGGUUGUUUACAAACUAAUGCUAAUGUAAAAUUAGUUAAAAAUUGUGAUGCAUCGGAUAUUGGUCAAUGUCGAACAUGUUUUUGUCGUCCAAUGUGGUGUCUUGAAUGUUUAGGUAAAUGGUUUGCUAGCCGACAAGAUCAAUCGCGACCAGAUACAUGGCUUCAAUCAACAUGUCCAUGUCCAUCAUGUCGUUCUAUUUUUUGUAUACUUGAUAUUUCUAUAAUUGAAUUUUAA